CAAGGCUUCCAUGACUAGCUAUGGGGGGAGGUGGUGGGGAGCAGGGGGGCUCAGUCACAGGCCAGCCACAGACACAUGGAGGGUGGGGGGAACGUCCGCUGCACCAAGGAAGGGGUGAGCGGCGAGAUGAGGAUCAGUGAGCAGCCUUCGGACUGUCUGGAGGGGAGGGGCCAGAUGCUCCACCACGGCCUUCCCUACUCUGUGGCGCCGCCCCUGCAAAUGGGUUCAGCCGCUGGGGGAGGCCACCCCCACCUACACCCCCACCACCACCCUCACCCGCAUCCGGGGGGGUUCCACUGCCUUCAGCUCCACCCCAGCCAUCCCCAUCACCCCCACACACACCACCACCCGGACUUCUUCUGCCCGCCUCCACCUGCCCCUCUAACCAACCCCUCACCGCACGAGAGGGGAGGCGGAGGGGGGCGAGACCCCAAAGUGACAGGGCCCACGUUCAUACCAUCUGUAGGGGGAGGACACCUGGGGGACAAGUCCAGCGGGCAACCCUUCCAGAUGGGCACCCCAACUGACUGCCAGGGGUUGGUGGGUGGGGGCGGCAGUGCCAAGGACAAGGCUAUGGAGAAGAGUGGGGGAGGGGCCCCCCCCAGUAACUGGCACAGGAAACAGCAGCAGCAGCACCCGUACAGAAAGGCUGAGAAGGCCCCGGACUGGAUGCAGCAGCAGAGUCACCACCACCACCCCCAACAACCCCAGCCCCAACAAACCCAGCAGCCCCAACAACCCCUUCCCCAGCAGCCCCAGCCCCAGCAGCCCCAGCCCCAGCAGCACCAGCCCCAGCAGCACCAAGACGUGCGUUCCCGCAGCGUCGAAUGCAUCAAUAGCGUGGGAGUGGACACCACCGAUGUGUUCCGGCCCUCUCUUCCCCAGGGAGCCAAGGCCGGACACUCCCUCCCCCACUCAGUCAACACCUCCCCCUACAGAGACUGCUCCCUCCCGGGCUCCCUGCCCAACGCCUCACCCCUGGGGGGUCGGGGAGGUGCAGGCGGUGGUGCUGGAGUUGGGAGUUGUUCCUUACAGAGAGAUGGUCAGAAGGUGGCCCGUAUUCGCCACCAGCAGCACGGCGGGCCAGGCCCGGACGUCCCAGCACCAGAGCUGAACCAGAGCAAGAACCAGAACCAGGACCUGAACAGGAAGCUGGAGAUGGAGAUGUCCCCGUACGGCUACAGCAACAGUGGGCAGGGACAGCAGCAUCACCCCCAGCAGCCCCCGGUUCCUCCCUGGGCCAUGAGGCCUCACCACGUCCACCCUGCAGAGGAGGAGCAGCAGCGGAAGGCCUAUAUGGAGUCUCUCAGUGGUGGCAGGCAACAGCCCCAGCAACAACCAGGGCAAGGUAUGGGCCUCCCUCCUCAUCCUUCUCCCCAGCCCCAGCCCCCUCCACCCCCAACCCCCUCUCUGCAGCAGCAAGACCCCCAGGUCGCCUCACAGGCCCAGGAGGAGAGCAGUGCCAUGAAGAGCCUGCUUAAGUACAGCACCCAGCAGCCCCUGCUCCUCUCCCAGAAGAGUCCCUUCGGAGGCCUGGGGAGCCUCAAAUCCGGUGGCCCUGGUGGUCCUGGAGGUGGUGCCCCCGGGGUUAGCUGCACCCUACAAGGCAGCAAACAACAACAGGCCCUGCCCACCAGGAAGGGCCCGGCCAAUGACGGUGAGCGCUCUGACUGUGGGGGGCGUGGCCGGGAGGUGGGCGAGGCGGUGGGUCACGGUGAGGGAGAGGUGCGCCAACCGCCUGUGGGCAUCGCAGUCGCCGUGGCGAGGCAGAGGGAACCGUCCUGUCGCCCGGUGGACGCCCACCCCAACAGCCGGCAGGGGCGGGUGCACCCCUCCAUGAAAGGACCUCCUCGCUCCAUGUACCCCUCAGACCCUACAGGAGAGGAGGAGAGGAAGAGGAUGAGUGGAGAGCGGAUGGGUCUGACCUGCCUGGACCGAGACAGAGAGGCCUACAUCAGGGAUAAUAAGGAUCCAGUGGAAUUCACAAGGAUCCAUCCGUCCAACAGCUGUCACGGUGACAUCACAUCUCACCUCAUGGUGCCGGGUGGGACUUCCCUACAAACUGGCCAAUUAGGAGACCCCUCUGCACAUGCACACGCCCACUCGGCCCACCACCAUUGGAUGCCGAGCACUGGAAGUCCCUCCAUCUGGAUGACAAGCCACUCCUACGGAAUCGGCCACUCAGCCCUUCACCAGAACCUCACCCCAGGUUUUUCUGCAGCCAUGCCAGGGUCUCUACAGCCUGUGCUGCCUCUGCCCCAGGAUCCGUCUACCCAGCUGGUGGUGCUACCCACAGAGCCUGCUGCCCACCCUGCCACACAUCACCUGGAUGUGAUGGAGCAGCCUGGGCUGUGGCCCCCAGUGUACGGAGCCCGAGGGCCCUCCUCCCACAUACACCCACAACACCCCGCUGUGUACUCCCGCUCGCAGUUUCUACGGCAACAGGAGUUGUACGCUCUCCAGCAGCAUCAACAGCAUCAUCAUCUGCAGCAGCAGCAUCAACACCAACAGCAACAGAGUCACCAGUCACACCCCCAGUCACACCCCCAGCCACAACCCCAACCCCACCCACAGGCCCAGCCUCAGCAGCACCACAGGGCAGCACAGACCAUGGAGCUCCAACACAGACCCAACCACGCCCAGGUGCAGAAGAGACCAGAGGAGCCUUCAGUGGAGCUGGAGGAGCUGCUCUCUGAGCCAGCAGGUUCUAAACCUUCCAAACCCUACUCCUCCUACCACAACCGCUCCUCCAACAGAAACACCCCCACCCCGGGGGCCUGCACUGCUCACCUGUCCCCCUGCUGCCAGUCCCAGUCCCCCUCCCUGCACCCCCACCCUAAGAGCACCCCAUCCACCCCCUGCCCCGCCCCUAGCCCGGCAGCCGCCGCCCCUCGGUCUCCGGCCAUCAGUCCCGCCCCCCCCACAGCUGCCAAAAGGGGCGGAGUCCCAGGACAAGAUAGGAGAGGGACAGCCCCCGCAGGAUUACCCACAAUCCCUGGAGCCUGACUUGCCUCCUGGAUACACCUACCCUGCCAUCGCCAUGGGUUACAGGAGCGGCACAUCCCCCCACCUUGUCCAAUUGGCCGAGCCAGCCGACCUGGAGGCGGUCCAGGCGGAGCCUGCUGAGAAUGCUCCCCAGCCUCUCUCCAGCCUGGGGGCGGAGCUAGAGUGUCAAGCCGUGGUGAGGCCCCUCCCACACCAGGAAGUGGAGGAGAAAGAGGAGGGGCAAAAGGAAGAGGAGGUGCAGAGAGAGGAGGUGGAAGCCGGAGU